GGGCUGCCUGUGAGCCGCGGCGAGGCGGCAGCCCCGCGCGCACAAGGAGGAGGCGGCCGCGGCGGCAGCGCCGGCCCCAGCCAUGCUGUGCUAUGUGACGAGGCCGGACGCGGUGCUGAUGGAGGUGGAGGUGGAGGCGAAAGCCAACGGCGAGGACUGCCUCAACCAGGUGUGCAGGCGGCUGGGAAUUAUAGAAGUUGAUUACUUUGGACUGCAGUUUACGGGUAGCAAAGGCGAAAGUUUAUGGCUAAAUCUGAGAAAUCGGAUCUCCCAGCAGAUGGAUGGGCUAGCCCCUUACCGGCUUAAACUGAGAGUCAAAUUCUUCGUGGAACCUCAUCUCAUCUUACAGGAGCAGACGAGGCAUAUCUUCUUCUUGCAUAUCAAGGAGACCCUCCUGGCAGGCCACCUCCAGUGCUCCCCAGAGCAGGCAGUGGAGCUCUGUGCCCUCCUGGCACAGACCAAGUUUGGAGACUACAAUCAGAACACUGCCAAGUACAGCUACGAGGAGCUGUGUGCAAAGGAGCUCUCCAGCACUACUCUGAACAGCAUUGUUGCAAAGCAUAAAGAGUUGGAGGGGACCAGCCAGGCGUCAGCCGAAUACCAGGUGUUGCAGAUUGUGUCGGCGAUGGAAAACUAUGGCAUAGAAUGGCAUUCCGUGAGGGACAGCGAAGGGCAGAAACUCCUCAUUGGGGUUGGACCUGAGGGAAUCUCAAUUUGCAAGGAUGACUUCUGCCCAAUUAAUAGGAUCGCUUACCCUGUGGUGCAGAUGGCCACCCAGUCAGGAAAAAACGUGUACCUGACCGUCACCAAGGAGUCUGGGAACAGCGUCGUGCUGUUGUUCAAGAUGAUCAGUACCAGGGCGGCCAGCGGGCUCUACCGAGCCAUCACGGAGACCCACGCUUUCUACAGGUGUGACACAGUGACCAGUGCUGUCAUGAUGCAGUACAGCCGAGACCUGAAGGGCCACCUGGCCUCUCUGUUCCUGAAUGAAAAUAUCAACCUCGGCAAGAAGUACGUCUUCGAUAUUAAAAGAACAUCAAAGGAGGUAUAUGACCAUGCCAGGAGAGCUCUGUACAAUGCUGGCGUUGUGGAUCUGGUUUCGAGAAGUGACCACAGCCCUCCCAACUCCCCGCUGAAGUCCUCGGAGAGCAGCAUGAACUGCACCAGCUGCGAGGGCCUCAGCUGCCAGCAGACCAGAGCGCUCCAGGAGAAGCUGCGCAAGCUGAAGGAGGCCAUGCUGUGCAUGGUGUGCUGUGAGGAGGAGAUCGACUCGACCUUCUGCCCUUGCGGCCACACCGUGUGCUGUGAGGGCUGCGCCGCCCAGCUGCAGUCCUGUCCGGUGUGUAGGUCACGCGUGGAACACGUACAGCACGUCUACCUGCCAACCCACACCAGUCUGCUCAACCUGACUGUAAUCUGAUGUGUUGUGCGCUUAACUGGCCAUGCCACGUUUUCCCUGGACUGCACUACGACUAAACUAUAAAAAUGAUAGAUCGUGGAGAAGAUAAAUACUCCAAAACCCAUCAUCAUGCAAUAUUGGGGGAAAAAAAAAAAAAAAGGAAGAAUAAAAAAAAUACUCGUCCCCACCAAACACGCCAGGCAAAGAAUCAACAGCUGCAGUGGUGGGGGCCGGGAGGGGUCCUGGGACACGGACACGUUCCCUGGAUGACUUCUUCUUCUCAUCGAGUAAAAAAAUAAGUAAAAUGUGUGAUGUCAGUUAAGUGGCAGCAUAGCCAAAAAAGUGGGUACCUUUUAGGAAAGGACGUUGUUCAGUCUCCUCAUAUAUUCCGAGGUAAGUUUCCUACUUGGAGCAAAUUUUGUAAGAAUUCGUUUUAAGAAUUUUCCUUGGUUCUUUUUUGUAUGAUCAUGGAGCUCUGAACAUUUUAAUAGGCAAAUUUUUCUUAAAGAAACAGUCAUUUUAAUGUCCUUUCUGUUUUUAUAACUUGUUCAAGAAGGAUUGGAAGGUAAACAGAUGUAAAGAUCAGUUCUGUGACUUUUAAAAAAGUUGACGACCGAGUUGUCAGAUAUAAACCAGUCCGGCUAGUGGGAAACAGAGACCUCGGUAUGCACGGCUUCCUUUCUCUCUGCCUCUGUGCCCUCACCCCCCACCCCAAGGCUUUCGAUUACGAAAUGCUACCAGUCUCAUUGUAAGAUUUCUGUGGAGUAGUCUGCACUCCUUGGGCUCUUGAGUCGGUGGGAUAUUUUAUUUAAGUUGAAAAGGGAACACACGUUCCUUGGGAAGCAGACCGUUGCUCAUGGGGAUGAAGCUUUAUGGUGUACAAACGGGAGGGGGUUCUCUACUUCUCCCAGAAACUCCACUCCAGCUUCAUCCACUGGGGUUGCUUUUGCUUGAGCCAUCAAGCCUUUUACAGCCUUAUCGUAGAUAUCUUAGAUAUAGUAUGCUUUUUUUUUCUUGGUAGUAAAUGCUUAGGUAUUAACUUUCGGUUGUCCCCUCCCUAGGUCUUUGAGGGGUUUCGAGUUUCUUUGUUUCUAUAUUCUUAAUCACAUUCUCCACUCCCACUUGGGCAUUUUGGACGCUGGUCAGCUUGUGGGUUUUCUAGGACGUCGGGACACCUAGAUGACCUUAUUGGGUGCAAUACUAGCUAAGUAAAAGCUAGAAGCCUACACCGUCACUUUACUGAGAUUUCCGAGUAUACUUUUCAUAUUGCCUUAAUGUAGCAGUAAUGUGUUUAUGCAUUUGUUUCUUUGCACAGACAUUUUGUCAAAUAUUAAAACUCUACUUUUUUAUGGCACAUAUUAGCAUAUAAGCCUUUAUUCCAAGAGGUAUUUAUUUUUUCACUUGUAAAAAAAAAAAAUAAUGUUUCCACAUAAAGAACUCUGUUAUAUCCUAAAGGACUUCUGUCUUUUGUAUUCAGGAUAAUAAAGACUUUAAAGCAAAA